AUGGUGACGGCGGUGUCGUCCAUGAUAUGCGGCUUGAACCACCUCACCGACGUCCAUCUAGGCUUCGACUCGAACUGCAUCCCGCUCAACCCACAGGCGUUCGUCCAUCUCGCACUUCUGCCUGACCUCCGUACUCUCUGGGUCAGCUCCGACCGCGUGUUCUGGAAGCAGGGCGACUUCGGACCUUUGCCAUAUACACUGCGGGGCCGUACAUUCCCCGCACUGCGUACGUUCACAGUCUGGACACCCACACUCCACCUGCCGGUCCAGCUCUUACAGUUCGUCACAUCGCCGCACCUCACCGAGAUCUACAUCACGACAACUGGAAAGGUCCUUCGGCGCGACAUCCGGCCAUUCUUCGCUGCCAUUGCCGCUCAUCCCUCGCGCAAAACGCUGCAUGGCCUCCGGGUCGAGGUCGACAGGGUGGUACGCAGCGACAGGCGCACAAACGUUGCACCGCUCCCGAUCGGGGAGAAGACGCUCGCGCCGCUCUGGGGUAUGCCUGUGAUCGACGAGCUUGUGCUCGAUAUACACUGCCCCUUCGACGUCGACGACGCUCUGUUGCGCAAGAUUGGCGCGACGUGGGCUGGCAUCAAGUCUCUCUGCUUGGGUGUUGAAUCUCCUUGGGGCAUGCAUGCUCAGGACGCUCCUGUCGAGGACUAUCAGACUGAUAGCGGUGCAUCCGAGAUAACACCAGCACACGGACUCGAGGAUGAUGCUGAGGAGGUCGAUGAUGUCAGUGAAGAGGACGAUUACGAAGAAGAUGGCAUGCCACCAGUGGGCGAAGAUGUCGAGGACGAAGAAAACGAGGACGGAGAAGAUGGGGACGACGAGGAUGUAACGGACGAAGAGGAUAAGAAUUCCGAGGACGAUGAACUUGAUGAAGACGACGAAGACGAGGACGAGGACGAAGAUGAAGAUGAAGAUGAAGAUGAAGACGAGGAUGGCAUGCCGUGGGGAUGGCGAAGACCGCGCGCCACGCUCUCCGGACUCGCGGAAUUCAUUUCUUCGUGCCCCCAACUACGCACGCUCGGGGUCGAAUUCGAUGCGGGCGCAUCCUCCUUCUCACCGGACAAGCCACCCAAACGACCCAACACAGCUCCAGGCCGGCAAAACAGCCAGAUCUUCAAGUUGGACGGUCUCAACCUGGGCCUCUCUCCUAUCGAUGAUCCGUACGCCGUGGCGGCCUUCUUGUCGAAUGUCUGUGGCGAGAUGGGUUACGUGUGGAUCGAGUCUUUCCUUGAAGUGGAGCCGGAAGGAGACUAUGAUUACAACCCAUUCGAGGCGCCGUCACUCGACCCGGAGCAGGCGUGGUGGUCCCAAGCGCGAAAGUACCGCACUCGCUGGGAGAGGUUCCACGACUUGCUCCCAAAAUUUGCGGCUAUCCGCCAGCAGGAGCGUCGACGGAGGGUGCAGAGCUGA